AUGUACAUACCUGCCUCAACGGUAUUUACAUACCUGCUCAACGGCCUGCUCAUGCUCGCCACGUUCUUUGUGUGCCGCGUGGCCAGUCUGCCCUACGUGUGCCUCAUGUACAGCCGCGAGCUCGGCCUGCCUUACUUCGAGGUACUGUAUUUACAUACCUGCUCAACGGCCUGCUCAUGCUCGCCACGUUCUUUGUGUGCCGCGUGGCCAGUCUGCCCUACGUGUGCCUCAUGUACAGCCGCGAGCUCGGCCUGCCUUACUUCGAGGUACUGUAUUUACAUACCUGCUCAACGGCCUGCUCAUGCUCGCCACGUUCUUUGUGUGCCGCGUGGCCAGUCUGCCCUACGUGUGCCUCAUGUACAGCCGCGAGCUCGGCCUGCCUUACUUCGAGGUACUGUAUUUACAUACCUGCUCAACGGCCUGCUCAUGCUCGCCACGUUCUUCGUGUGCCGCGUGGCCAGUCUGCCCUACGUGUGCCUCAUGUACAGCCGCGAGCUCGGCCUGCCUUACUUCGAGGCAAUAAAAUCUCUCCCGACCGGCUGCAAGGUAUCCAUCUGCAUCCUCCUGUUACCCCAGCUGUACUGGUUCUACCUGAUGAGCGCGGGCGCACUGAAGAUGUUCCUCGGCUCGGCCAAGCCCAAGAGCGCCAACUCGCUGAACUGCAACAAGUCCGCCGGCGACGCCGAGCGAGUGGACCGCGCCGACGCGGCCGAGCUCGCCGACAAGCGCAGUUGAUACCGACGCCGCACUCGACGGAACCGGAAACCAAAGUCUUAGGCCGCAGGUCAGGGCUGUGUCUACUGUACCGGCUUUGUAACACUAAUAUACAUCUACCCACGUAUGUCUUCUGUCGAGCGAUUGCGAUCGCUAUCUUUACUUGUCUUAAAUCGGUAUCUUCGGAUUGGUCGGGGAGGACCAAUCAGAAUGUGGUAUGUUUGACAUGAUUAUGGAUGAGUUGUUUUGAUUGGUCUGUUCUGGACCGAUCUGAAGUUAGCUAUUUGUAUCGGCCGUAUAUUAUCGUAAUGUGUUUCCGUUUCGUAUCUAUAGUAUGCCAUACAUAGCUUAGUUAGGUGGGGCAUAAUUGAUAGUCUUUAUUUUUAAUUUUCUUGUAAAGUGGGUAGAUGUUUACAUUUCUGUUAUCAAGCGUGUGAUUGCAUUUUAAAGUAUUGGGGUAUCUGGAUGCAAAGGCGAGUUUCUAUCUAUUCGCUUGCGUUCAUGUCUUUAGAUUUGUGUAGAAUAAAUAUAACACCAUCUAGUGUCUAUAAUAUGAAAUUGAUACUCUCUAAUAUAAAUACGAAUAAUUAAACAUGUCUGGUAUGUUUUAUCAACAUUUUAUUUUCUUAUUCGCUUACUCUUUUAGUUUUAUUUUAUGUUUUACUGGAGACUAUUAUAUUACACAUAUUAACAAAUAUCUAUUCGGUGUAUAAAUAAUGUGUGAACAUAUUUUGUGAAAUAUAUGAAAACUCUGUUAUAUGUCAUAAACAUUUGACGUUUAGUACCUUUCCUAACCAUUGCAUGCUUAACAUGUUAGCCGGCUAACAUGUCAGGUACGCAUAUCAGGGGAAAAAAAACUUAUUAUUUAUUUUAUAUUUUAUUAUUAUUAUUAUUUAUUAUUAUAAUAAGGUUAUUUUUUGUGACACGCGUAACUGUCAUGUUAGCCGGCUUACAUGUCAAGCAUGCAUGGGUUUACAAGCUAUGCACCCAGAUACCCCAAUACCAGGUACUGACAUUAGAACUACCCUCAAAUCUAGUAACGCCAAGUCAGUGACUGUAGACAGUAGAUGGCAUGACGCUUACAACGCGACCGCUCCGUGUCGGAGCUUGUCCACUGCACGGCCUAUGUAACAAUAUACAACUACCCACAUAUAAAUACGCGCAAUUUAAUUUGGAAAAAUAUGUUUUCAUUUUUACAACUAGUUUUUUCUCGCCGUGAAAGUUUUCCGGGAUAAAAGUCCCUCUAUAUAUUUUCCCGGAAUAGAAAGUAGCCUAUAACCUUCCCAGGGUCUUAAACUAUCUCCAUACCAAAUUUCAUAAAAAUCCGUUCAGUAUUUUUUGAGAAAAUCGAUAACAUACAGACAGACAGAAAAGGAGGCUUUGUUUUAUAAUAUGUAUAGAUAUAUUCGAUUAAGUUAAAUAAAACGAACUAUUACGUACGGCGGAUUUGGAUAAACUCUUAAUAUCUUAACUGCAUUUUUAUGGCAAACAAAAUAACUCAUUUGUAAGCUUGUGAAAUAAAGUUUAUUCUAAUUGGUUCAUUUUCGCCAUCGAUAUGAAGGUAGCCAGUGUUAUAGCGAAUUAACUCGUACCUAACUUCACACCUAGUUAAAUUGCGCGUAUUAUACUUUUUAACUACAAGAUCUGCCUUCCCCAGUGGAUAUGAAUUUUAAGCAUCAUUUCCCACAAAAUCUCGACGUGGAUUUUAAUAAUUAUUAAUGUUUGUCGUUAAUGUUAUAUAGGCUGUGAUACGUUUUAGAAUAUAUAUAUUUAUUUAUUAGCGGAUUAUGACUGUGACUUUUAAAGCAUUAAUUGCUAUCGGUUACACAGCAGGCUUGUUUAUUUUACAUAUAAAUAUAUGAAAUACGCAUUUUAAACUAAUUGUGUUUUAAUAACGGUUAAUAAGGUGUAUUUUGGAUUGAAACAAAUGCAUUGCAAUGUUAGUUUAAUAGAUUUAAUAUAGCAUCAUAAGUCGACAGCAAUUAAUUUGGUGUCACGGCAAACUCGUUUUAAUCUUUCAUAAUUCAAACAUAAAUGUUAAUUUUGUGUGCGGUUCCGCCCGUGUUCCCGGAAUAAUUCCAUCAUAAUGGCUAUCUUAAGUGUCGCUUUUCGGAAUCAGCUUGAGUACGAUAUGUCACAGGCCUACCAAACCUAAUUUUAUAGCCUACUCUGCCAUGAGUAACUCUAUCACAUGGUUUGCUGGUAGGAUAUUUGUAUCCGAUUUGUCACUACACAAGGCGUAAAACUCCAUAGUGGCCCACGUGGGUCGCGUUCCGGGAUCAUCCUGUGUAUAUCCGGUUUCAAACAGGCCGGCAUAAUUGUAUCGGCUAGUGGAAUUAACAUCUCCAGUCAGUCGAUACUAUCUCCACUCCACUUACCAUCAGGUGAAGUGGGUUCACUCAGAUCGGUACAUACGGUCUCUCACAACCGAUAGACAUACCACCAGUGAAUGUUUUCAAAGAUGCCAAAUUAAUUGCCGUAGACGGUAAUCUAUACAAAUAUUAGAAUCUAGAUAUUUUGUAGCUUUUCAUUUAUAUCGCGGUUAAUACAGUCAUUAUUUUAGGAAUCUCUUAUUUAUAUGUUAAGUGGAUGGGCAGCUCCCAGUGUGAGCCUGCGAUGGCCUUGGUGUUUCCAUAUUAUAAUGUAAUUAAAAUUUAUAGUUCCAAUAUAAUAUAUUUAUAGGUGUAACGCACAGAAAAAUGUUUAUUAAUGAGCUUUCAAUGGCGAAAAUUUUAGUGUUUGGCCUUAUUUAGCGGAGAUAAAAAUUUGGUCUUGGGGAAAAGUAAUGCCCCUUUUCACUGACUAUAGGAAUUAUCUAACAAGGAGGACAAUUAAUUACUAAGUAAACUAAAGUUAUAAUAAAAAAUUCUAGGAUUGGCCAUCUUUGAAACAUAUUUUCAAUUAACAGACUAGAUUUUGAAAAGGAAAUGAUUCCCACUACAAAAAUCUCAACCACUGCAGCCAUAUGUGUGAUGCCAGCGCCAUCUGAGUAAAAAAAUCAUAGUAAAUAUGUAAAUGUUACCCAAGGGAGUAAAUUACCGAGACAAAAAGUAGUCUAUAUGGUGAUCCAGUUCAUAGUGUAAAUUUGUUCAGCGAUUUCUAACAAAUUAACAUUUCCAUAAACUUUUCGCAUUUAUAAUUAUAAUAUUAUAAGACGAGAGAACGAAUAAUUACAAUUUUUAAGUUGCCUAGUAGAGACUUUCCCGCUCUCACACCACUACAACUCUUAUAUGCCAGGAUCAGCAGUGCCACUUUAUGACACCGAGCGGUGAAGCUCGGCGAGUCUUAGGGAAAACUAAUUUGUCAUUAUCUAAGUUGCCUAAUAGAAAUAUGUUGGGGAAACGAAUUGCAAAAUAUCACCUUGCGGUAGAUGUAAUCUAAUGAAAUCUUAUGUUCGUUGUUGGUGAAAACGGGCAUACAUUUUAGAAAUAAUGUUUAAAUUUUCAAUAUUGAAAGCUCAUCGUCAUUGUGUGACUUAAAACAAAAUUUUAAACAGGCGCUCUGAUCGCCAUUUUUAAAAUAAAUUAUAUUAAAAUACCUUCCAUACCUUUUCGAGAUUGUUUCAGGCUAAAUUGUUGACUCAAGGCAGCUUUGUUAUCCAUUUAUUUGGUAAUAAAAAAUAAUAUUUUUUAGUGUUACCAUGAUUUUACUCGCGGGAAAAUUUUAGAAUAAAGGUAACGAUUAAGGGUUGUUUCCACUGGCGAGAUUCGCGCGAUAUCGAUUUUGUUUAUAUGAGUAAACUUUAUACGUUUUCCAUGUACAGAGGAAAUUUGAAGUUAUGCCAAGCGUGUAUUCUAUGGGGUGUAAAUCGGCUUAUUUCCUUUAUACAGUGCAGUUUUAACACAGCCUAGAUGUGAUUAUAUUAAGGUAGCAUCCGAGUAUCGAUAUACUUUGUACUCGAUCUGAUGCUCUUCACAAAAAGUGUUGGUUUCGAUUCUGCUGUGAGACUUACCGCUAAACUAUCCCAAUCACUUUUUGCGAUCUAUCUCAAAAAUGGACCCAUCGGAACACAGUUUUGCUGACAAACAUACGAAUAAGUUAUUUUGAUUGUUUCAUCCUCGGAAUUGGAUUUAAGUUGAGACUGGGAUCGUUUAUUGAAAAUGUCUGUAAAAGUGGUGGCUGAUACACACGGCAUAGAUUUAUUAGUGGGUGAUGAGGGUUGUUAUAAAGAUAUAUAUAUGUAUAUUUAUUUCGUUGAUCGAAAUUUAUUUAUUAUUUAAACAAACUUAUUACUAUCGCCGCGAUUAACUCGCUUGUGGAACGACCCCUUAUUAUAGGAGCAUUUAAAGAGACGAAAUAAUUUCUAAUUUCGAUCGUUCAUAUAGCUUUACAUGUUGCUUUUGCAUUAUUAUUUUUGGUCUCCUUCCAUUUUUACUAAAAACGUUUACUGGUCAAGUAUUUAUGGUUAUAUUUAUAGAGAAAAAUAAUUGUUACGAUGUAUUGUUUGAUGGUUGAAAUUGUUUUUGUCGGCUCUAUAAAACUGUCUUGCAGAAAUAAUAAUACGCUCCAUAUUUCAAGAUUCAAGGUUAUUUCCAUUUAUAAGUCUGGUAUAUUGGGUAACCUUCAGCUCUUCUUCUUAAAUAUUCCUAUUUAUCACUUCCAAAAGUCCUAUAUAAUUUUAAUAUCUUUACAUAAUUACAAUAAUAAUGAAAUAGAGUGACUGAUAAUUUUACUGUGGGUUUCCAAAAAAUUUACCUUUUUUGUCGUAUUCACCAAAUUUUAUCACAUACAAGCUCUUCCCUGCGGCACCGCCCGCGUGAAGAAGAUUUUCUGGGAUAAAUAUUUUCACAUGAUAAAAAUUAGCCUAAAGCAUUUAGGAGUAUUGCAAUUUAACGUAGCUUCCUAUAAGAGAAAAAAAUUCAAAAUCAGUUGAGUAGUUCCUCAGAAUAGCGCAUUCAAACAAACUCUUCAGCUUUAUAUUAGUAAAGAUUCUCCAAUACUAAAGAGCUUACAAAAAUGAUUUCAACCACAACAAUUAAAUUGAUCUUAUGAAGUUUAGAAGACGUUUUGAAGGAUAAUUAUGACGCUGCGUCCGGGAACUAUGUACUUUAGGACAGAGUGAAGUGUAGUGAAAUGGAAUAAUUGUUGUAGUGAUACGGUGUUGGUAGGGGAGUGUUUUGGAAUAAUGGUGUCUUCUAACUUUUAUAAAAGGUAGCACAGAUAUUCAGUAAUUUAAAGUAACCAUCUAUUGUUUUGUGGAUUUAUUUAAAUUGUAUUAUGGAUGAAAAUAUUGUUAACAUUAAUUGAAAUCAAGGGAGUACUUACCUUGUAUGUUGCACUUUGGGUUUAUUGUUAAAAUUGGUGUUUAGGCAUUUAUAUUUAGAGUUCAGAUUAGAAAAUGUAUUAUCGAUCGUAUUUCAUAGAAGUUUUAUAUGGGUAGGUAGAUAUUCAUAGUUCAAAGCAAAAGAUCAGUAGAGGGUCUACUCCAUUGUAUACAAGAGGUUUAUUUGAAAGCAGUAAAAAUAAAUAUUUUUUCCUUAAAUUCAGAAUCUCAAAAAUUUUUGAUUUACAAAAUGUCCAUGCUUUAUUUAGAAUAAAUCUUGAGGCUAAAUUAUUUAUUGGGUUAUAAAUUGUUGUGUUUUAACUAAAUUCUUUUCUUAACCCCUUUCAUGCGGUUGACGUAUAAUCACGUCAUUCAAAUUUGAUGCAAUAACUCACCGAAAACUCAUGGUUUAUUGUUGGUAUAACUACCAAGAGUUUCAAGUAUGAAAACAGUGAUUUUAGGAUGUGUAAAACCGUUUGGGAUGGGUUGAACGUUUUUUGCUAAUAAUUUAAUGUGAAAAUAUAUGCAGCCUUACGAGAAAUGUUUGUGUCUAAAUUGAGGACUCGAUGCGAAAAGUGCAUUUCAUGUAAUAAUAUUCAUUUCUAGUACAUUUAAAAUGUCUUCUAAUUGCUUAGUGUAUUUGCCCCGAGUUCCUAACUAGUAAGUCAUACAUGGCCUCUACCAUUGUUAAACGUAAUAUCACUGGUUAAUUGUGUUGAAUUUUUAAAUCUUCCAAUUUUACUCUUCCUAUUUGCCAAAACAUGCCUUUGAUUUGUGAGAAAAUUGAGUUUCUAUAUAAUACAAUGACAAAAAAUACGUAUUGGACGUAAGCAAUUUGGAGCCAUUAUAGUCGGACUAAUUGUUCUUUUGUAAAGGGUGAAGAUUUUGAUUCUGAUCCAUUGUGGAUUACUGGUAUUUUGUAUUACAUGCUCUCAUAAAUGGUGAGUAUUAUUAUAAAUGGUUUUAACAUUUUCUCACAAAAUAAAGGUAACAUUUUUCAUAAAGACAUUUACUAUUAUAACUAACGUUGACUAAUGAUUCCGAUUAAAUAUGGAAUUUAUUGCAUUUCUAUUAUAGUAGUUGUAAUAAGAAAGAGCUUAAAUAAAAAUGGUUUUAGUGACUAGAUAUUUUAGGAACGAAUGCAUCGCGUGUUUACUUUCCAUUUACAUUGUGGUAUUGUUGUGUCGUGUUUAACUCUUUUUGUGCUUCGACGUAUCAAGACGUCAUGAAAGGAACAAGACGUCUUUAUACGUCCCAGUAAACUUGCAGGAAAAGUUUGGUACAAGGAUUGUAUUACUCGUGUUCUAGGAAUAAUUGUUUUGCACAGAAAGGGUUAAUAGUUAACAUUGUACGCACAUUACUAAGGGAUUUAUGUUAAUUUGUAUAACGUGUGUACCUUAACCGUUAAAUAUUGUCUUGUUUAAUUUAUUUUUGUAACAAUAUCUGCUGACUUAUUUCAAAAGAUCUAGGAUAUUUAUUGUCUCUAUAACAUGGUAUUGGACUGUGAAAUAAAGCUGGGCUUAGCUGAGAAAUUAUGAAUCAAAUAUCUCUCUGCUGCAAUAAAUGUGAUUUACUUAUGUGGAGACAUUUUGACCGUUUAUGGGUUAGUUGUUUCCUAGUUCAGCCCCUGCUUUCCCAACAUUAUAGUUUUAUUUGAUUUUAUUUGUUUUGUAUCACAUUUAAGUCCAUUAAUUAACGUUUUUAUUGCAUUAAUACUUAAAUUAUUCAAAGUCAGCAGAUAGCCUUUAGAUAGAUUUGAAAUUAUUUGUAAAUCUCGAAAUAUUUUUUUGUGUAUAGUAUUCGAGUAUGUUGGUGGUGACUUGCUGUCGUUACAAAGCCAGUGUUACCGAUGUUACUGUGGUUAUAUAGUCGUUAUGUGUUAAUGUUGGGCGCGCGGAUCAACACAGUUAUAAUGACACCGUAGUCGGAGAGAAUGGAUGAAAAAUAUUGAAUUCAAAUACUUCCGAAUAGAGUUCUUUUUUAAUAAUUAUAGGUCAUUAACUAUGUACUAAUUUUGAUAGAUAAACUUAAUGUUAUUCAAGUCAGUUAUUUAUACCCAUGACACUUUAUUCCAAAUAAACAAAAUACUUUAUUGAAACAAUCUUUUCAAAUCACUUUUAAAAAAACCUUGUCUAAAAAUUCUGAUAAAUAUUUAUGUUUUGAUUUAUUUUAUCGAUUUUAAACAAAAAUCGAUUAUAAAACUAUAUCGAUUGCAAAUUACACCAAAAUCGAAUUAAUUGAUAUUUUAUUUACGGGUUAGGAAUUAAAGGUUUGGUUUAUCAGAGCUCCAAAUAUGUGAUUUAUAUAAUUAUUUGUUCAUAAACGUUUUGAAUUUUCACAAUUACAUCCACUAAUAAGGAUUUUGCUGGUGGUAGGAGAUAUAUCCGCUCGGAUAGCGACCGUACAAUAUAUUAUGUUCAAACGCCAUAGUGACACACAUGUGUCGCGUCCCUGGAUCAGCUCGUGUAUAUCCGUUCCACAGGCCGGCAUAAUUGUGUCGACUGUCGAGGGGUAAUCAUCUCUCGUCAGUCGAUUUUCUAUUGGACCUAAUACCACUUACCAUCAGGUGCAGCGGGGUCCCUUUGCUGUGCUCAUAUAUAUAAAAUAUAUAUGAUGUGUUAGUAUCCGCGCGUCCACCCAUAGUCAAUGCGGAGUGAAGUAGAAAUAAACUGUUUUCACUGAGUGUAACUCGCGGUGGUCGCCGCAACCAUUGUUCGCACUGAGUGUUUUAUAAAUGUAUAGAAUAUU